AUGUUCGAAACGCAAACGCUGGUAUCCCUCGGCGUGGGCCUUGCCGUCUUCUACAUUGUCCCCAAAAUACUUGGCUUUCGGCGGGCAGUCCAGUCCAUCGGAGAUUGGCCAGGUUUCCGCACGAUAUUCUCCGACCGCUUCCUCUGGUUCCCGUUCACCGUCCCCGGCAUCUCUCCCGGUCCGCAGCGAAGUUUCUACAAGAAAUAUCAAGAUUUUGCCCAAGCCGGGGUCGACGUCGUCUCCGCGGUCAACUAUCUACCUACUCCUCAGGUCACGUACUAUGUCGCCGAUCCCGCCAUAGCCAAGGAGAUUGUCGGCGCCCGUGCGCGCUUCCCAAAGCCGCUCGAGUUCUACGACAUACUCGCCGCCUUUGGCUCCAACAUCCUCGUCACCGAGGGCGAUGAGUGGAAGCGCCAGCGCAAGAUCGCAGCUCCGGCGUUUUCGGAGAAGAACAAUCGGCUUGUGUGGGACGAGACGGUCCUCAUCCUCCACGACCUCUUCCACAACGUAUGGGGCGACCGCGAGGUGGUGGAGCUGGACAACGCCAUGGACAUUACGGUCGGCAUUACCCUUCUCGUCAUUGGUGUGGCUGGGUUCGGGCGGAGGAUAUCUUGGAACGAGGAUUCGAUCGCUCCCCAAGGUCACUCAAUGACAUUCAAGGCAUUUUUACACUCCGAUCUAGCAGCAUAUGCUAUGCUUACACUUGACGCACUCAAUGAAGUAUCGCAUCGUCUCUUCCUCCGCAUUCUCUUCCCGGACUGGAUUUUGCGCUGGGGCACGCCGUCAAUGAGGCAUUUCAUACGCGCCUUCGAAGAGAUCAAGCUCUAUCUGGCAGAGAUGGUCGAGGCGCGCAGAGCGGCGAAGACGAAGGAGGAGCGCUACGACCUGUUCAGCAACUUGCUUGAUGCCAACGAGGACGAGCUCGAUAGCGCAGCGAAGUUGACGGACGAGAAACUCGUUGGAAACGUGUUCCUUUUCCUGGUGGCCGGGUACGAGACUACGGCGCAUACCCUUGCAUAUGCUCUCAUCCUUCUCGCCCUGAACCCCGAGGAGCAGGAGGCAUUCUAUCAAAACAUCAAGUCCGUCCUUCCAGAAGGCAGGGAGCCGACAUAUGACGACUUUAGCUCGCUAUCCUAUUCCCUCGCUGUCUUCAACGAGACACUCCGCUGGUUCCCCCCAGUCGUCGACAUCCCCAAGCAGAGCGCCGAAGACACGACCUUCACCACCACCAACGCCGCUGGCGAGAAAAUCGCCAUCCCCGUCCCACGCGGGUCCUACAUCACCCUCUGCGCGCCCUCUCUCCACCACAAUCCGAAGUACUUCGACGAGCCCUCCCGCUUCCGCCCCGCGCGCUUCCUCGACCCCGGCUCCCGCGCGCGCGACGCCUUCCUGCCCUUCUCCGGCGGCCCGCGCGGCUGCAUCGGCCGCGGCUUCGCGGAGACCGAGGCCGUCGCCGCGCUCACGCUGCUCGUCGCGCGCUUCCGCGUGACCGUGCGCGAGGAGGCGCGGUUCGCGGGCGAGACGCGCGAGGCGCGCGCCGCGCGGCUGUUGCGGAGCCAGCACAGCCUGACGAUCUACCCGGAGAGGGCGCCGUUGGUGUUGACGAGGCGAUGA